AUGAGUUCCCCACCAGUCCGUCGUCCUAGUUUUGGGAUGUUACUUCGACGGAGCAAGAGUGGCGACCUGGGCAGCAAGAGUAAGAGAGCUCAAGCUGCCCGGGAUGCUGAGCUUGAGAAACAGCGUUCACGAAUUCCUCCCAAGCUACCAGAGUUCUCCGGCAACAGCGAGAAGCUCUCCAAAUCCUUCGCGCCCGAAUUCCGCCCCGAUUCAGCUCUUGACGACUCUCACAAUCAUGAGAACCAGUGGCCUCUCAACAGUACGGCCACCCACGCCCUCGCCUCCAACGUCCCAAUGCCCCCAAUCCCAAAGAAUGCCUUCGACCCAUACGCGCGCACCGAAAGCAUGACCAACCGCGGUCGCUAUAGCUAUGCUAGCAGCGCUGUUAGCACUGUCAACAGUCCAAGACGUGUUCGGAGGAGAAAGGACCCUACCCCCUUCAACAUUUUGAUUAUCGGAACCCGCAACUCGGGAAAGACGUCCUUUCUCGAGUUUCUCAAGACAGCGCUUGCGCUUCCUGCGAAAAAGAGAUCGAGGAAGCAUGAGGAGGAUGAUUUCCGGCUGCCUGCACCUGCCUCAGGAAACUUUAUACCCCAUUAUCUUGAGACAGAGGUUGACGGUGAGCGGAUUGGUCUGACCUUGUGGGAUUCAGAGGGCUUCGAGAAGAACGUCGUCGAUCUUCAGCUGCGGGAGCUCUCCUCGUUCCUGGAGAGUAAAUUUGAGGAGACUUUUGCUGAGGAGAUGAAGAUUGUGCGGUCACCUGGUGUUCAAGAUACCCAUAUCCACGCAGCCUUUUUAGUCCUAGACCCUGCUCGAUUGGAGCGCAAUAUUCGCUCUACCCGAACUGUGGCCAAUUCUCUACAGAAUGGGCACCAUGGGCAAAACUCCCGAGUGCAGGGUGGACUGGACGAAGAUCUUGAUCUGCAAGUGUUGCGACUGCUUCAAGGAAAAACCACCGUGAUCCCGGUCAUCUCCAAGGCUGAUACGAUCACAACCAAACAUAUGAAGGUUUUGAAGAAGACAGUUUGGGAUACUCUGAAGAAAUCCGGUCUUGAUCCCUUGGAGCCACUCGGACUCGAUGAGGACAACAAUAGUAUCUCUUCUAGCCGCAUCGAAGAAGAAGACGAAGGUGAAGCGGAUGCAUAUGGAGAGAGCGAGCAUGUCAAUGGCGAUCAUGACCAAUAUGACGAAGAUAUCACGCCCUCACCACCGGCAUCACCAAACUCCAAGCGCAUGUCAACUCAGUCGAUUCGCCAAGUCAAAGCCCAGGAAGGAGGCAAGGAAGAUGAAUCUGCGUUCUUUCCACUCUCGAUUAUCAGUCCAGACAUGUAUGAACCGGAUGUCAUCGGCCGCCAGUUCCCAUGGGGAUUCGCGGACCCGUACAACGAGGAACACUGUGACUUCACUCGCCUCAAAGAAGCCGUCUUUAGUGAAUGGCGAUCCGAACUUCGCGAAGCGAGCAGGGAGCAGUGGUAUGAAGGCUGGAGAACCAGCAGACUCAAAAAGCGGGAUGUUCCCUUCCAAAAUUGA